UCCUGCUUCAUCAGUUCGAAUUCGACUUCAAUCAACGAACAAUGUAUCUGAAGAGUUAUUGUGCGUUGUUCCUGCUGGCGCUAGUCGCCUGUCAGGCUGCACCCUCAUCCCCAGUGGCUGAGUCGACCAGUGAGGCAGAGACGUUUACCAAUAACAUAAACUUGGAAGAUACUGGUGCGGAAAAAGAUAGAGCGAAGAAAUCAACAACGACUUUCUGCGUGGAAGUUCGCUCAGGAAAGCCAGAACAGGUUCCUUGCAAGCCGGAGAUUUCACAAGGACUGAAUCAAGAGCCACAGAAGUUGCCGCUUGUUAAUGUGCAACCUGUACUAGUGCCAGUACCAGCACCAGCACCAGCACCAGCACCUAGCCAGCCUGUUCAGCAGCAAGCAACAACUCCUACUCUACUACACCCUCCGAUCAUUAACAUCGUACCGUCUUCCCCAUCUUGCGACAGACCAGCCGUUGUGCAGCCCCCACAACCAUCACACUUCCACAUGAUUCAUCAUGUCAUUCCGCAACUUCAAACUCAACCAAAACCUCAACCUCAACCUCAACCUCAACCUCAGCCUCAGCCUCAGCCUCAACCUCAACCGAAACCUGAACUGCCAUCUCAACCUCAACCGAAACCUCAACCAAAACCCCAACCGAAACCAACCAUGAUCAUGCCUUUGAAGGAAGAGAAGUUACCAUGCGUACACCUGAAUGUACUGCCUUCAGAAUCACUGUUGCCACUGGAACUGCCACUUCCGCAACCGCAUUACAUUGUACCAAAGAUUCAACAUAAACCAUCGUGCUCAAAAUACAACUCUGCCCCCUCUCCUAUGGCAGUCUUUAUUCAACCACAAGCCUUAACUCAAGAGUUAUCAGAUUGUGACAGCAACGACAGCAAUAAAGAAGUAUACGAAUGCAACUGUCGACAAGAGAACCGACCACAGAUUCGACCAGAGAACAUCAUUCCUACGUUAACACCCCACGGUCGCACAAUGAUGUCUGGCGACAUGACUUUUGAAUCUAUGCCAAUGCCCGCUAAACCCAUGAUGAUCUCCGAUUCUAACAUCACGCCACUCUACAGAUCCAUGAUGAUCCCGGAUUCUAACAUGGUUAAUUAUGAUGAAUUAUCCAUGGAUAGAAUGUCAGAAGGAGCUAGGAAAGUGGAAGGAAGGCAUCACAAGAUUAAACAGUAUCGUCCUGUGAAUCUUUCAGUGCAAAUGCAGCCAGUAGUUCUCCCCUCCGACAAUUCCCCUAAAUAUUAUGCAUCCCAGUAUCCUUCCUAUACUAAUUCGAUGCAAAUGCAGCCCAUAGUUCCCCCCUCCGACAAUUCCCCUAAAUAUUAUGGACCUCAGUAUCCUUCAUAUACUAAUUCUUAUCCAAACACUUAUUAUGCAAACUAUGGAGCUUCUGGUCCUUAUGAAACCUAUUAUUCUAACUAUGGAUCUCAAGAUUCAGAAAGUAAUAUACCGUCAAUUACCGUAAAUGCGGGAGGACCAUUUUAUAGUCGUCGCGAAUCUCAACACACUGACGCAUCGUCUCCUUCGGAUAACGAACCAAAAGAAGCUUUACCAAAAGAAGUUUCAACUGCCAUCAAAUUAAUGGAUACUUCUAUCAGUCAAACACGAGAGACUGACAGGCAAAUGAAAGAACAGGAAAUUAUACAGAAAAUGGAAAACAAACAACAAGACAAUUCUGUAAAUCAAUAUAGUUAAAAAUAUGUAGCAAAAAGAGAAACAGAAUGCAUCCUCGAAUUUUCAAAGACGCAAACACGUCUAAAUAUAAUUCGUCAAUUAAUUUAACAUUAACAGAUUUAAUCUCAAGAUGGUUUUUAUUUUAUUUAUCUAACUUAACGCCUUUAAAAUAUUGCAUUUAAUUAUUUACUUUUUAAUUUUUCUACGUUUUUCUAUAAUUCAUUGAGAAUAUUGUUAGUUUGUAAUUUUUUGUUAAUUUAAACAAAGAUAUCUUUGUUUAGUAAUAAUAAAAUAUUAUUUUUAAA